AUGAACGGCGGCACAGUGCUUCAGCACAUCGACGCCCUCGAUGCCCUCGCUAAAACACUCUUCGCCAAGGUUGAACACGAGUCGUCAGCCCUUUCCACUGAAGUUGCUGCUGCUGUACAGGGACUACACGUCACCUUACGUCAUUUACGAGUCGAGGCUGCUGAGCCCGACUCAGUGCUAAGGAGCACAAAUACUUCUGAUUGUGCCCGUCAGCUUGAAUCCAUUGUUGAAGACUGUAACUUGGCCCUGAACCAGCUUCAAGUCGCUCUGGGCAAGUCUGAUGCUGAAAGUGGCCGAGAACCAGAUCAAAUAGUGGCGGCACGGUCUCGCCUUGCCAGCGAGACGGUAAGGGUCAAUGAGUUCCUGGACACAAUACAGCUACAUCAUCCUGCCAAGGGUGUCCCCAGGGUUAUUCCCCAAGGAAGCCAGUCCAACUUGGAGGAUAUCAAGGACCGGGUCGACAAUAUUGCUGCACGAUUGUUUCGUCGUUGGAAUAUAAAUGGCGCUAUCAAUAAAGACGAGGAUAGCACGUGGCUAGAUUUCAGGUCCGAACUUGAGAAGGAACGAUUUUCCCCCCAAAUCUUAGACCAACACAAGAAUGUGCUCCGCGCAUAUAUCCGUGAGCUUCGAGUUAUGUCGUCCUUUAACAGCGGACCUCCCCCACCAGUACGAGUUUUGCUUGAGCAAGAAGCCAUGCAGAGGCCACCACCACCGCUUCCGCCCAAGCAGCCUUUAUCCCCGAGAGAGUUGUGCACACCUGGUGUGGAAAAGGCUCCUCAUUUUCCCAGUAUUAACCAAACGAGGCACGUGCCUGAUCAAGCUCCCGUGGCCGCAGAAAAUGGUGAAGAGAAUCAUUGUUUCUCCCCCGAUGACGCUUCGGGCGAGGUGGGAAGCUCACUUGCUCUAAUAUGCACUAAAGACGUGAUAAACAUGGAUAAUCUCGGUGCUGAUAUGGCUCUUAUGCAUAUGCAACCAUCUAGCUCGGACCUGGAGGCCCCUGGUGCGAGGAGCAGCACAAGCUUAACGCUUUCUGGGAUGUCGGGAAGCUGCCAACCCCCGUCUCUGUCCAUCGGGCAAUCAAAUCUCUCUCGUUCCAUGAACGGAUCUUCGAGCCUGGGAUACGUACAGCCGGGAUUUCCCUUUGCCCCUGGAGCGCAGCCAGGCAUCUUCUCUUCCAGCCCAGGAAUAGUAUCACGCUUGGGACCUGAUGGGUAUGGCAGACCGAUUCCCAUGGACGCAACUUGGACAAAAAUCCCAAGGUCACUGGUCAGUUUGCGGGUGUUGGACCGCGCCGGUGUCCGUUACGAGGCACGACCAGAAUACGUAGCCAUUCUUGGGAAAUUGUCUCGAGAGGAAGUUCAGGAUUAUGCCACACAGAGUGCGCAUUAUCGUGCAGCUCAAUCGAAAAAAUAUCCAUUGGUGCAGUCCCAAGACCGGCAUUGCCAAAGCGACCGAAGUGACCCAAAGAGCAGCUGCGAAGAUAUUGACGACGGAAGUGUUUUAUGGGAUGAAAGUGAUGCAACAGAUCACGACGAUGACAAGUCCACGAGAGAUGCAAAGAACUAUCCAUACAUUGUCAGCCCACCAAAUCAGGACAAGACGUCGCCUUCCAGCACAGUGGCGCCGAAGCCUAUUUUAAAGAACAAGAAUGAAAACCACGUGCGGUUCGACCCGGAGCCCUAUGAGGUAGAUAUCAAGAGCCCGAGAUCAUAUGACGAUGACCACUACAGGAGGCGGGAAAACGACUCGCGGAGAACUCGCAACCGUCGGCACAGUGGAAGACGAGAGGAGAGGGCACGCAGAGAUGAGAACCGCCACCGAUACCCAAAUCGCAGCGAACACGGGCGUCGGAAGGACCGCAGGGAUGAGAGACAGACGAGGAGAAGAACAUGGGGCGAAAGCAUUGGUGUUGUGGGCAUCGGUGGUGCUGCCGCAAGUCUUCUUGGCGUCUUGACGGAAGCAGCCGUCGGGUUCUAG